CUGUCGCCCCAAGCUGGAGUGCAGUGGCCGGAUCUCAGCUCACUGCAAGCUCCGCCUCCCGGGUUUAUGCCAUUCUCCUGCCUCAGCCUCCCGAGUAGCUGGGACUACAGGCAUGCAGCACCAUGCCUGGCUAAUUUUUUGUUUUUAGUAGAGAUGGGAUUUCACCAUGUUGGCCAGGCUGGUCUCCAACUCCUGACCUCAGGUGAUCCACCUGCCUCG